AUGGUUAAAACUGACUUGAGAUCGUCAAGGAGUGAGGCAACACAGGGAAUUAGUGGAUCAUGGUCUAGGUCAGGAAGUAGGACGAGGAGGCCUUCACUACCUCGCAAUAGGUCAUCACAGAGACUUAUUCGUACAAUUAGUUUAGAAGGUAAAAGUGCUGAAGCUUCUAAUACUCAGGCAGAUACUUCAGGAGAUGAACCCUUGCAGUUUUCAGAUGCCCAUGAAUUACAAGAACACAUCGAAGUCCCUUUUGUAAAGGCGACAUUAGAUGCAUCAUUACCAAUGGAGUACUUAAAAGUAGAUGUGUUAAAUUUAGUUAUAAGUCUUAAGGUUCCGAAGUGGUAUAAGACACGGAACUUGAACGCAAAUGACAUUAAAAUUACGAUGAUCACGGGGUCUAUGACCAAUGCAAUCUUUAAGAUUGAGCAUUCUAAGUUGCCUAGUCUCUUACUAAGGGUUUAUGGACCCAAUGUUACUAAUAUUAUUGAUAGGAAUUAUGAGUUGCAGACUCUAGCCCGUCUUUCAAUGCAUCAUAUUGGACCGUCUUUGUAUGGUUGUUUUACGAAUGGUAGAUUUGAACAAUUCCUCGAAAACUCUAAAACCCUUACUAAAGAAUGUAUCAGGAAUUGGGAAACGUCGCGCCGUAUAGCUCGUCGUAUGAAAGAAUUUCAUAGCGGAGUUCCUCUACUACCAUGGGAAAAAGACCACUGCAUGUCUUGGAGUCGUAUUGAAAAGUGGGUGGAUACAAUAGAAUCUUCAGAAUGGGUUAAAGACCCAGCAAACCUUAUAUCAACAUUGCUCAUUGAUAACUGGGCCAAAUUCAAAAAAAUAAUAAUGCUUUAUAAGGAUUGGCUGAAGUCUAGGGGCCAAUUUAAAAAGCCAUUUCACUUUUGCCAUAAUGAUGCUCAGUACGGCAAUUUGCUCUUUACUUCACCGGUGAUACCACCUGCUUCUGACGGUAACUCUGUAUCUAUGGAGUCGCCAGUUUCUGUAUCCUUGUUGCCAUCAGAUAGUAAUAUUUCAUUGGUUGAUAUUAUUCAUCCUUCAGUCCAGGAACAGGCUCAAGACUCAAAAUUAGUUGUAAUCGAUUUCGAAUAUGCUGGACCCAACCCUGUUGCAUUCGAUUUGGCGAAUCAUUUAAGUGAAUGGAUGUCUGAUUACCAUUCUUCUGAUCCAUAUAAAACGUUUGAAGAGAAUUAUCCAACAAAGGAAGAAAUUCUAAAUUUUGUUUAUUCAUAUGUUUCUCAUUUACGUCCUAGUAAAAAUUGCUCUGUUGAUGAGGAAGUUCGUGUACUUUAUAAUGAUAUCAUACAAUGGAGACCGUGCGUAGCGCUACAUUGGGGACUAUGGGGUAUAAUUCAAAGUGGCGCAUUGGAUGCUGCGGACAAAGCUAGCUCAGUAGUUGUUGAAGAGGGACCAUGUGGUGAAAAAUAUAUAAUAACAGUGGAUGAGGAAGCUCUCGAUAGUGAUGGAGAAAAUGGAGUCAUUAACAAUGAUGAAUCACCCACAGUGCAGGGUGCAGAUAUCCAUUCGUUUGAUUAUUUAUCUUAUGCAAGAGAGAAAUUUAACCUGUUCUACGGUGAUUUGAUUGAAUUACAGGCCAUAUCAGAGAAUGAAGUUUACCCUAAUACACAACUAAAAAAGCUAGAUACCUCGUUCUUGUAG